AUGGACUUCAAUGCCCUUGAUCUACUAGCCUCAGCUGCAGUUCUUCAAACCAGAGAUUCUGAUACAACUGGUGGUACAGAGUGUACUGCUCAAGGUAGUGGAAGUGGUAGUAGUGAGAGCACAGAACAAGGGGCAGAUAAUGAUGAGGAUCCAAAUUCAAGUACUGAAGCGUGUAUAGACUUGAAUGAUACAGAAUCAAAAAUGGGUUCUAUGAAAAAAGGCAAACAUCCUCAAGUAACAUCUGUAGGAGACUUUCCUAAACAAGUGAUUAGUUCUGAUAUGGAUGAAUUGAUUAAUGAAAAAGUUAAUGAAAAGACAAUCAAUGAAGAUGUUACAGUAGAUAUAGUGAAAAGUGAUCUGGUUGAAUGCACUGAUGUGAAAUCUUUAAGUGAGAAGGUAGACAAUUCAGAUACUGAUUCAUGUGUAGAAGAGGAUAUUGAAGAACAUAUAGAAGUGUCUACCUCAACUCUGGUAGAAUUAUCAUCUUUUGAUGUUGAAGAUAGUCCUGGUAAAAUUAAAACUAUUAUGAGAUCACUGUUAACUGGUCAAACUGUUUGUGAUGAUGUAGAUGACUCAACGAAUAAUCCAGAUUCUGACAACUGUGAUGAAAAACACGAGCAAGUUUCCGUUUUAGGGAAUGAUAGUGCUAUUGGAUUAUAUGUAAAUGAUAAGAUAGAUACAGAUUUAAAGAUGGACAAGGACUAUUCUUGUUUAAACUCGAGUAAAAAUGUUGGGAAUCAUUCAAUCAUUGAUUGUGAUAAAGACAAUAUAACUAGCUUACAUGAUAGUGCUCUAGAAUCAUCACAAUCAGCUAGUGACCAAUCUUCAUCACUAGGUGAUAAUGAAUCCCUGCAUUUCUUAGUAGUCUCUGAUCAUUGUUACGCUACAGUGCCAGGAAAAACUUCCAAUUUGAGAUGUUCUUUUCUUAGUGAUGAACCAGAAUCUGAUUCUGGUAUUGAUGGUAAUAGUUCCUCAGAAGAAGCUGAACAUAGGACUAGAAGUAUAUCUUUGGAAAGUAAUUGUUUACAGUGUAGCUUUCCUGAAGUAUCUGGACGAAGUGGUCAAUUGUUAUCUCAGGGAUCUUCUGAUUUAGAAAGAUCACCUAUUGGUAAUUCAGGAUUCCCACUGGGAGGAUUAACAGUGUUAUCACCAACACUAUCAUCAUCUGAUUCACAAUGUAGUGAUUAUCAUAACAAUAGUACUACUGGUAAUCUGGAUACAGUGUGUGAUGCUACUAGAAAACCUGUGGAUUUCGAGGUUGACAGUAGCUUGUCCAGCACCACUAGUGACCCAGCUCCAGAACACAAUCUUAAAGUUGGCAAGUUCAGAAUUGGAAAAUUUGCCUCUUUUACCAAUAUUGAUACUGAUCAGGAGAAAAUCUAUGGGCGAGAUGCUUUUAGUCCUGAGUAUGGUGUUUCCUCUGCGUCAACUGCUUUACCAUCAUCACCUGGUAUACCAUCGUUAUUACAGUCACCCUGUGGUGAUUGGGAUAGAUCAGAUGCUGGAUCUGAAGCUUUAGAUGAUCUAGAAUCAUUCUUAACCCCUGAACCUCCAAAGGAAUUAAUGAUGGUCUUACAAGGUAUCAAAUCUCCUACAACAGCUAUUUCACCACCUGCUGUUCAGUCUAGUGUAGUUCAUCAUGAUCAUGAUUAUUGUUUUCGUAGUGGUACUUUACCACCAAGCCCAGUGACUAGUAAGAAAAAUAUUAAAAGUGAAAAAAGGAAGUACAUGACAGCAGCUAGAAGUCGUGGUACACCAGCUUCAUUGAAAGAAUCUAAACGAUCCAAGAAUUUAAAGAUCAAGAACAAUAUAAAGGGACCUUUGUCAGAAACAAUAGAGAAGGUAAAAAACUCUCUGGCUACCACCCCUGUACCAAUAGACUGUAACUUUAAAAAGCCAGAACAGCCAGUUAAUUCUUUAUUAUUAGAUAAAUUAAACUCAUUAAAUCGACAGAAACGUGUCAAAUCUUUGGAAAUAAAAGAGGAAAUAGUAGAGGAUGGAGAGGUAGAAAUUGAUGCUGGCUCCAAAUUAAAAAUUACAGGAAAAUUUCAAAACGAUUUUGUGUACUUUUUGAAUAAAACCUCAAGAAAUCGUCGACGUUCCUCAGUAGACACAUCAUUACCUCUAGAAACUAAAAAAUCAAUUCAACCAGCUAAACCUAUUGAUAUCAUUAUUCCUCAUUUAACAGAUGAUGAUCUGGAAGUUUUACAAACUAAAGGACGUGCUGGAUUAGCCAGAUUAGAAAAGUUUAGUUCCAAUCCAAAUUUAUUAGAUCGGUUUAGUGCUACAUUACAAACACCAAAUAAUAAAGCUGGAACACCCACAGUGAUAUCAGGUGACCGUAUUAAAAAUGAAAGAAAUAAUGGUGUAGAUGAUGAUGAUAAAAUUAUUAAUACAAUAUUAAGUAUGGAGAAUGAUAAUUUAGCAUCACCUGUACCAGUGGAUAAUGUUCAACAAGAAAUAGACUUUUUUGGUGAUGGUGAAACUAUUAAUCUGAUGGGGGAGAACAUGACCUUAACUAAAGAUCAGGUUGAUUUAUUAUUAAAUGCUGUUAAACAUGUUUCCACUCCUGACAGCUUUACUGGUAAUGAGAAGGUAGAACUAGGAUCAACAGAUUGUGAUCAUAGUUCAACUUGUUCUACAGAAAUAUUGGAUCCUAAUACAUCUGAUGUAGCUAAUCCUGAAUGGACAAUAAAUAAUAAUACUCCAAAACUCGAUAAACAGGAUACAGAUACCGAAUCUACAUAUUCCUCUUCAGAUGUUGGACCAUCAUCGUGUGUAUCAGAUAUUAAAGAAGAUUCACAAGAGUCUUUUGAACUGAGGAGUGAUAUAGUGAUUCAGGAAGAUCAAGGUGACGUAUUAAAAGAUGAUAAUGAUGUUGCUAUACAAAAAGUUUACAAUGAUCAGACUGUAAAUAUUAAAACUGAAUUGGAUAUUAAAAUUGAAGUGAAGGAUGACAUUGUGAUCCCAAAUUUAGAUGGAAAUGUUAAGACUGAAGCUGAGAUCAAAGUAGAAAAGGAUGUGAGUGAAUUAAUAAAGAGUGAUUUAGUUGACAUUGUUGUAAAUGUUGACAGUAAUUUAGUUGACAAAUCGUUAAAUAGAUCAAUAACUAAUGUGACUGACAAUAGAAUUAUGACUGUUGAUGAGAUAGUAAAGCCUAUGAUAAUUGAUAAUGAAUUGGGACAUAUAGAUAUGGUUGAUACCAAGCCUGAUAAAAGUUUAUUGGAUACAGAGUUAAAUGCGUUCCCCAAUUCCCUUGCUCCCUCAUUAUCUGACCUCAGUUUACCUCUAGAAAAAUCAUUUGAGCUUUUGGGAAGUGACUUUCGACUAGAUAAACCAGAUGAACUUUUUCCAGAAGCCCAUGUUGAAUCCAGCAUGCCAGAACCAACAGAAUCUGAUUAUAAUGAUACACCAUGGGUUGUUACAGUGACCGUAUUUUGGAAUGAUUUACCAGCAAUAAUGAUCAAUAAUAGACCCUAUAUAAGACUUGUUGAUAUUCACAAACAGAUUUUACCAGCUAAAGAUACUGGUAUAUUAAAGAAACGAUGUCAGUUAUUGAGCAUACAUGUUGUUAACUGUACAGAAAUGCAGCGUUAUUUUCUAGUGCAGUAUGGUCGUGGGUAUAAUUCAAAAAGUACUUUAAUUGUGGGUAAAGCUGAUGCUUGCCAACUUGUAGGAUAUUAUGCUCAACCUCAACCAAGAUUACCUAGAUCUGAAGAUGGUGUUCUCAAUAAUCUGUCUCGUUUGUCACAACAUAUGGCUAUGAUACGUGGUAAACAAUCCAGAUUUAAUAAGAGAAAACGACCCAACUCUAAAACUGCCAGUAGAAAUACAUCUCCAGAAAGGAAAGAUGGUAUCAAAAAUUGUGUAGUACCAACAUCACCUAAACCUCGAAAACAACCUCCUCCUCAACCAGUUAUACAACCUGAACUCACCAAACGCUUACGACAUAAAAAAAUUAACUUUCUGGAAAUGUUGAAAGGUGAUUCUCAGGAUAAAGUUGAGGUUGAAGAAACAAAUGAAAAGAAAGUAGCACCACAACCUGUUCAGAAAAAGAAAGAAAGUAGUAAAAAGACCAAUAAUCGUACACCUCCAAGCAAUAAAAAGAAAGAAAUAGAAAUUAUAGUGACUCCAGGUGAUGUUAGCUCGGAAGAAGAAGAAGAAUCAGAAGAUUUAUCAGAGACAGAAACAGAAGAAGAAAUUGACGAUUUUUCUGAAGGUGAUGGUGAAUCUGAAUCAGAUGAAGCAGAAGAGAGUGACACUGUAGAGGAAGUGAUAAUAUCUAAGAAGAAAGGAGUAAAAAGUAAUGGUAAUAAUAUGAAACAGUCGCCUAAAAAGUCUCCUAGAUCAACAAAUGAUAAAUCACCAAACAAUAAAGGCAAGCUAGGCCCUCUACGUGUAAAUGUGCAAGGAUUAUUAAAUUUUUCUAAAUCUGUCAAAAAAAGUGCUAUAAAUGAUAAAACUGGAUGUAAAAGUUUAGAUGUUGUACAUAUACCAUUGGAAUUUCAUGAUGGAAGGAUUCCUAUAUCACAAAGUGGAAAAAUAUUUUUGGAUUUAUAUAAAAAGAAAAGUUCACUUUGUGUUAAAUGCGCAGAUUGUGACAAACUGUUGUCCAUUUCAAGUUUUCUACAACAUCAACAUUAUCCUGAAGAAAGUAAAACAUUAACAACAGUGUUAGAUACCCAAACAUUAUCUCUCAAAUCCAGUGAAAUGUCACGAAAUAUCAAACAGUUAUGGGAAGAGUUACAGAAACGCUAUGAAAAGUUUGAAGGCUGUAGGUUUUUAAAACCAGUUGUUAAGGCAGUGAUCUCGCCUCUUAAUUCAGAAAAAUUAUCAAAUUUCAAAUCUGUGAUAGUUCGUGAAAAUUAUCCUCAACAACCUCACCCUGUGGUCAGAGCAAAUAUUCCUGUACCUAAUUUGAAUAUAAGUUUGGAAUGUGAAACAGAUAUUGUUCAUGUGAAUGAAAAGUUGCCACAAACUAUACUUGAUAACAGUGAACAAACUAAUCUUGAUAACAGUGAACUAACAGAUGUUGAAGUGUUGGAAAAUAAGUCAGAAACACUUCAAUUGAAUCAUUGCCAUAUUAAUAAAUGCGAUGUGGAUAAGAAAAGUGAAUUUAGUGCCAAUGAUAAAAUGUUAAAUACUGAGAAAGGUAAUGAAACAGUAAUGGUAAGCUUGGAUUCUGACCCAACAUCAGUUAAACUACAAGAUACAACAAUACAACCUUGUAAAAAAUCUGGUACAGUAAAAUCAAGUGGGACGGAAGUGAAAACUGCGUCUAAAAAUAAUAACAUACAAACCAUGGAUUAUGGGCUUGAUAAAUCGGGUGUCAGGUCAAGCUCAAGAAAACGCAAGAGUAGACAAUAUUUUUCUUUUGAAGAUUAUUCCUUUUCUAAUAAGAAAACAAAAGUGGAUGAAAGUAGUGAAUGUAAGUGA